AAGUAAAAGAUCGAUAUGAAACUUUAACUAGUGAAUCUACUUAUGACAUUAUACGCAGAAUCUCAGAAAAAAUGAAAUCUAUUGACCUUGCCAAGCUCUCAUUUAAUAACCCAUUACUCUCAUUUAUAUUGAACCUGGAUCGAAUUGAUCCUAUUAUUAAUGAUUUGAUACCAAAAUCUUUACUGGAAGAAGCAAGCCAAUAUGAAAAUGUUCGAAAUUGGAAGGGUUUUACGACGGAAUUCAUAAAGUGA